UGGAAAUAUUACUACAGAACACAAGCAGAAGUUGCUGAAUCCACAUCAGAAUGUUUUGGCAGGAAAUAAGGAACUUGAACAUUGAAGUUCUGAAAUUAUAAAAGAUUUAGUGACAAGCUGAACUUGCAAUGCAGGCAAUAAAAACCGUGGAAAAAGAAGUGACUUUUAUAAAGGAAAUACUUUUCACAGAAUCCUUCCUAAAGAAACAAGAGUGGAGCAGAAGCCCGGAGCGCAGGCGGCUCUGUGAGCAGCAGCCAUUGGAAGGAGCUGUCUGCAGCUCUCAGUGCUGUACUGAGCAUGUCCCAGCGGAGCCCAGUGCAAGCAGCACAUUAUGCAAAAAGGCAGCUCUAGCAGAUGGGAGAGAGGCACAGCAAGCAUUUGCUUCACUUGCAUCACCACGGCUUGAAAACAAACCUGGAUCGCUAGAGGGGAUCUCGCCGACAGGCCAGAGGAAUGAAAUUUGGGAGCAUGGCUUGAUUGCCGAAGGUGUUGCACUGCAAAAAAUCAUGGGGAAUCAAGAUGGGAAACUAAAGAAAAAUACAGGUGAUGUGCACGAAGGAGGAGAGGAUGCUUCCGGGCCCAAGGAUACAGAUGGCACAAAGAAGGUAUCGGGAAGCAGAAGGGGACUGGGGAAGCAUGCAAAAGGAAGUGAAUCCGGUAAGAAGAAGGGUAAGUCAGACUCAAGGGCCUCAGUGUUUUCAAAUCUGAGGAUCAGAAAAAAUCUGUCCAAGGCUAAAGAUGGGAAUAGUAGUUCACGGGAGGAUGUUUUGGAAAGCCAGGCCUUGCAGGCUGGAGAGCUGGACAGUACUCAUUCAAUUGUUACCAAAACUCCAGAUAUAAGCAUCUCUGCAGAUGAAGGUGGUCUCUCGGACACAGAUGUUGAACAUUUUGAAAUCAGAAAUGAAACUGUUCCAGCUGCUGCAGAGACACAGGAUGGACAAAGGACCAGCUCUGGCUCUGAUACGGAUAUAUACAGUUUCCAUUCAGCCACAGAACAAGAGGAUUUGCUUUCUGAUAUCCAGCAAGCUAUUAGACUGCAGCAGCAGCAGCAGGGGGCAAUUAACAUUGGAACUGAGGACCUUGUCACCAAAACAAUGGGCCGACACAUGGCUAAUUCGCAAGCAACCCCCUUAGAUUUUGAACGGUUUCUUUCAGUAACUACCGCCGACAAAGAGAGGAGCCCAGACACUGAGGGGGCUUUUCCAGCAAUAUCUGAAAUUGCAGAAAACAUUCCCGUUUCCUGUGCAACUGAACGUGAACUGAAAGAAGCAGUAAGCGGCACAGGCUCUCCUGGUAACAGCUUAUUUGAAACACAAGAACGUAAGCUAUUGAUAGAGGAACAGGAACAGCUCAUUGCUGGAGUGGAUGCUGUAGCUAGUGAACUAGAAGAUGAUUUAAAUAGAACUGCAGUAGAAAACGAGUCUCAGACACACAGCUCCACACAACCUUUUCCAACCUCAGUAGCAGAUGCUGACGCUAAAAUUGCUGAAGUGCAGGCUGUUGAUUUGCAGGGCUCAGUAACAGAGGACGGUAUUUCAGAUGCAGGCCGUGAUCAUGCUGCUGAGACUCAGGAAGGGAAACACUCUCUGUCAGCCAGUCAAGAGGACCUGCAUAAUGGUUUAUCCAUGGAAAUGAAAAAUGGCAUUUUGUCCUCCGAGGGGACAACAGGCAGUCCGAUGCUUGGUUCCCGAUGCUUUAAGCCCUAUCUAAUUAAUCCUUGUUACAUCAAAACUACAACUAGGCAAUUGAGUUCUCCCAACCAUUCACCUUCUCCCUCCCCAUCCCAGAGCCCACUUUUCACAAGGAGGCAGGAGUCCUUCCAGAAAAAAGAAAAGGUCUCAAUCAAGAAGCAGAGGUCUGCUAGUUUGGCAGGUUUAUUUAGUCGUUCUGCAGACUGGACAGAAGAGGUGUCUAAUCACAGAUAUGAGAUAACACAGAAGGUGGGCUCUGCGGGCUACUUGGAGCACAAGGGGUUUAGAGAGAAAUUUCAAACAGAAAGAGUGCCUUUGACUCAUUCAAGAAAGUCCUCAGGGGUGCAGGCUUCUACAGAGACGUUUCCCAAUGUCUUUUCAGGACGAACUCUGCUGGAAAAGCUCUUCAGCCAGCAGGAAAAUGCACCACAAGAAGAAGCAGAAAAACUGUGUUCUCGCAUUAUUGCAAUGGGUCUUUUGCUUCCAUUCACUGACUGCUUCAGAGAGCCAUGUAAUCAGAGCGCCCAGCAAAGCACACCCACGUUUGACUGGGACAUGAUUUAUCAAUGGGCUGCAGUUAGCCAACCCACACAUUCAUCAGAUUACAUUGAAGGAAGCUUUCCAAGGAGAAUUCCAUCUGUGUGGCCCCCACCCAAACCUCCAGAUGAAGAACAAAGACUCAAAAUUACCGACAAAGAACCUGCAGAGUUGAAAUCUACUGUCCCAGAAACAGAGAAACAAUGCAUAGAAGAUGUUCAGCAGGUACAGGAUGAUUUGGAGGUGAAAUCUGAGGAGCGUGCCAGUGUCAUUCAACAACUUGAGCAAACUAUUGAGGAUCUGAGGACCAAAAUUGCAGAACUAGAGAAACAGUUUCCUGCUGCAGAGGUACAGACUGCUGGGAAGGAGCAGGAAAAUGAGCACAUGCAUGCAGUCUGUGGGGAACUCAGCAGUGUGACUCUUCAAACAAACAAAGAGGAGACUGUACCUAGAACUGUCUCACAAGCAAGAUCUGUACAAACAUCACCAACAGAGGAUUAUUUAACAAUCACAAUGCCUUCAGCCAAUGCACUGCCGCAGCCACCCCCACACACACACUUAGAAGGGGGCAAAAGUGAAGGGCCAACUCAGAAAUUGCCAGAUCUAGAACUACAGCCCACAUUUUGUUCUGAAAUCUCCUUAAUUCUGUCACCGAAGCUAAUCUCAGUGCCAUUGGAUGCAAGCCAGUCAAUACAGAGUACACCACCGUCAUCUCUUCCAGGACCCAAAGUUAACUUGUCCUUUGCAUUUGAAGGAGAGACUGAAAUGUCAGCUUCCCAUCAGCCUCUAAGUACUGUAGAUGUGACUUGUAGUCAACAUACCUUGUCUUUGUCCCCAGAGCUCACAUGUAGCAUUCCUCCAUCACUGUCAGCCACUGAAGUGACUGCUGCCCUGUCUGGAGCACAUGGCCCUUCACUUGCCACUCCCAUGUCCAUGGUAGGAGUACCAUGCCCACCACCCCUGCCCACCUCAGGACUCCCUCCUGCUGGCUCAGCAGUGCCACACCUGGACCACUCUUUGCCAGGUGUCAUGAUGCCACCACUCCCUCCUCCUCCUCCACCUUUGCCAAGUGCAGAGAUGCCAGUGCUGCCUCCAGUCCCAUGUGAUGGAGUCCCACCACCACCUCUGCCACCACCUUUGCCCGGGGCAGGAGUCCCAUCCCCUCUGCCUGGUUGGGGUGUCCCACCUCCCCCUCCACCACCACCUUUACCUGGGGCUGGUGUCCCUCCCCCACCUCCUUCUCUGCCUGGCCUGGCAAUGCCACCCCCAGCACCACCUCUGCCUGGGGCAGGACUGCCACCGCCUCCCCCACCUCUGCCUGGAGGGGGUGUCCCCCCUCCACCUCCUCCUCCACCACCUUUGCCUGGUGCAGGUGUCCCCCCUCCACCUCCUCCUCCACCACCUUUGCCUGGUGCAGUUGUCCCCCCUCCACCUCCUCCACCACCUUUGCCUGGUGCAGGUGUCCCUCCACCACCCCAUCCUUUGCCUGGGUUGGGGAUGCCACCUCCAGCCCCACCACCUUUGCCUGGAGCAGCACCACCCCUUCCAGCACCAACCCAGAGCAGCACCUACCCAGCAGUCCCCCAGGGUUAUGGGUUUCUUCCUCCUCCAUUACCAUCUGGUUUAUUUGCAAUGGGGAUGAAUCAAGAGAAAGGGAGCAGGAAACAUGUGAUAGAGCCUUCUCGGCCAAUGAAGCCUCUUUACUGGACAAGAAUUCAACUCCACAGCAAAAGAGAUUCUAGUGCUUCACUUGUGUGGGAAAAAAUUGAAGAGCCUUCCAUAGAUUAUCAUGAGUUUGAAGAACUAUUUUCUAAAACAGCUGUUAAAGAGAGGAAGAAACCCAUUUCGGACACCAUUACAAAAACAAAGACUAAACAAGUUGUCAAGUUGUUAAGUAACAAAAGAUCUCAAGCUGUUGGAAUAUUAAUGUCUAGCCUUCAUUUAGACAUGAGGGAUAUUCAGCAUGUAGUUGUCAAUAUAGAUGGUUUAGUUGUUAACAUGGAGACCCUUCAAGCCCUGUAUGAGAAUAGAGCACAAUCAGAUGAAUUAGAAAAAAUAGAAAAACAUAGCAAGGCUUCUAAGGAAAAAGAAAAUGCCAAGUCUUUGGAUAAGCCGGAACAGUUCCUCUAUGAACUCUCACUAAUUCCCAACUUUUCAGAACGUGUAUUUUGCAUCCUGUUCCAAUCAACAUUUUCAGAAAGCAUUUGUUCAAUCCGUCGCAAACUUGAAUUGUUACAAAAACUGUGUGAGAUAUUGAAAAAUGGAUCUGGAGUUAUGCAGGUCCUGGGUUUGGUUCUUGCCUUUGGCAAUUACAUGAAUGGUGGAAACAGGACGCGAGGACAGGCUGAUGGGUUUGGACUAGAUAUCCUGCCAAAACUGAAAGAUGUGAAGAGCAGUGACAACAGUAGAAGUCUUCUGUCUUACAUUGUCUCAUACUAUUUGCGUAAUUUUGAUGAGGAUGCUGGAAAAGAACAAUGCAUCUUUCCUCUUCCAGACCCACAAGAUCUCUUCCAGGCUUCACAAAUGAAGUUUGAAGACUUUCAAAAAGAUCUCCGCAAAAUGAAGAAAGAUUUGCGAGCAUGUGAGACAGAAGCAGCAAAAGUUUAUCAGCUAUCACUAGAAGAGCACCUCCAGCCUUUCAAAGACAGCAUGGAGCAAUUCAUUAGUCAAGCUAAAAUAGACCAAGAAAAUGAAGAGAAGUCACUGACAGAAGCACAUAAAAGCUUUUUGGAAAUGGCAGCCUAUUUCUGUAUGAAACCAAAAAUGGGAGAGAAGGAGGUGUCCCCACAUUCUUUCUUCAGUAUUUGGCAUGAAUUCAGUUCUGACUUCAAAGACUUCUGGAAGAAGGAAAACAAACUUAUUCUUCAAGAAAGAGUUAAAGAAGCAGAGGAAGUCUGCAGGCAGAAAAAGGGGAAGUCGCUAUACAAUAUAAGACCAAAACAUGACUCUGGAAUUAAAGCAAAGAUAAGUAUGAAAAUCUGAGAGAAGAAAAGUAAAAGCCAUUGUUACCUGGUUACCAAGACUCAACAUGCCUGUGGGUGGGGAGUGAGGGGGAAGGAAACUACAUCAUCCUGAUCAUUUGUUUUCUUGACCUUUUUGAAUUCGCUUUUUGUUCUCUAGAGUUUUCUACCAAUUGAUGUGUUAUUGUACAUUCAUUCAUGAAUGUGAUCACUUUAAUGGAGUGCCCAGCAAUAUACUAGGUAUGGACUUGGAACACCUUCCCCGUACUUUAUAUCUCCUUUGCCACUCAAAAAUUACAUUUUGUAAAGUGUAUGGUAUAUUACAAAUAGGCCAAGUCAGCAUGCAUCAAAACCAGCAUCUGCAUCAGUUCUGAACAUGCUGAAAAUUGCAUUAAGUUGAACUUCAUAAGAAUGCUACUCGAUAUGUAAAACAUUUCCAUUCCUACUGGCAACAUCUGUCUAACACAAAUACUUCAUGGCACUGCACUUAGAUUAGGGAAAGAAAUGUUACUCCUAGUGAAUUGUUUGUAUCCGUUUCACGUUGGCAUUUGUAGUUUGUAUUUUGAAUCGUUAAGUGCUGUUUAUACAGUAUAAUCAAUGCUUUCCCAACUUGUUUGGUUGCCCUCCAUGACUAAAUAUUUGUGGAACAAGAUGUUUACUGUAACUAUCUUUAAAAUCGAUAAGGCAGCAUACUUUUACUUCAUCUUUUGCCAGAUAGUGAAUGCCAGGUGGUAUGGGGGUCAGAAAUCCAGAAUUUAAAAAAAAAAAUAAAAAAAUAAAUAAAGUGAAAAGCAGGAAAA